UAGAAUAUAUAACCAGAAAAAUACAGGGAAAGUAAUAUAUCUGAGAGGGAGGAACAGAAGAGUUUGGGGCUUAGGGGUCAUUUGGUGGGGCAAAGAGAGUAGUGAGUGUGAGUUGAAUUUGAGGGGCGUUUGAUGGGCGAUGACAAAUCGUCGUCUAAAGUAAUGGCAAGCAGAGAAAGAGAUCGAGAGCUUCUCAUACCAGUUGCCGACUCUGUCAACGAUGACGCAUCUUCCAAGCCCUCCUCUUCUUCCUCCCCAUCUUCUUCUCAUCACUCCGGUCGCGAGACUUUCUACAAAGUUGUUAGGAGCUGGGCCUCGAAAAAGUUCAUGACCGGAUGUGUCAUCCUACUUCCAAUAGCGAUCACUUUCUAUAUAACAUGGUGGUUUAUUCAUUUUGUUGAUGGCUUUUUCUCUCCAAUUUAUGUUCAACUUGGAAUUGACAUCUUUGGUCUUGGAUUUGUAACUUCCAUCACAUUCAUCUUCUUGGUCGGGGUGUUUAUGUCAUCGUGGUUGGGGGCAUCUGUCCUGGGCCUUGGGGAAUGGUUCAUUAAACGAAUGCCAUUUGUUCGCCACAUCUACAAUGCCUCCAAACAAAUUAGUUCUGCCAUAUCUCCAGAUCAGAACACACAAGCAUUCAAGGAGGUCGCUAUCAUAAGGCAUCCGCGUAUUGGUGAAUAUGCAUUUGGAUUCAUCACUUCAUCCGUCAUCCUCCAGAAUUAUUCAGGAGAAGAGGAGCUAUGCUGCGUAUACGUUCCCACCAACCAUCUUUACAUUGGUGAUAUAUUUCUGGUCAAUUCCAACGAUGUUAUAAGACCGAACUUGUCAGUUCGGGAAGGAAUUGAAAUCGUUGUGUCUGGGGGCAUGUCAAUGCCCCAAAUCCUGUCGACACUGGAUUCAAGCAUUAUUCAAGUGGAUAGAAGUAGACCCAACAGAAGCUGAGAAUUAAGAUAUUAGAUGUAGUGAGAUGUGUUUUAUUUUUUUUUAAUCACCAAUUUGUUUUUCAGGUUGAUUCCUUGGAAUGGCCGUGUGAUCGGUUUGUGUUGGCAUUAUAGGAAUCUGUAGUCAUGUUUUAAAUUAUAUGAUGGUUGAGGGUCGGAUUCUGAUGGUAUACAUAACAUCACUUUCCUGGGAAUAUAGUCAGUAGAUAUUCCAAGCUGAAAUGUAUUUUUGCUUUGGAAUUUUUUUCCUUGGAAGUUUAGUUUUCUCUCGUACUUGUAUUGAAUGUUGUUUCUCCCCUCUGUCGAUGGGUUUUCAUGUUCCAAAUUCCAAUCUCCAGUCAAGUUUUGUA